AUGAUUGUAGAGCUUUGUCUGCUUCUAAGAAUCGUGUUAAAUGAAAACCUAAACCUGGCUCGUCUGUCCGUUACUACUUGUGAAGGUACCAAAGAGCCCGUGGAGGAAAUUCAAUCAGUACAAAAUUUCAAGAUGCCCUCAAAAGACUAUCCUUCGACUCCGAACACAUGGGAAAUAAAUCCAAAUUUAAAUUCAAUGUGGGCUUACCGCCCAGCUCCUGCUGCACAACACCCCGGUGAUCAAAUGGCGCGUACGGUGUUGGUGAGAUCCCCUAAAUCGCUAACUAAACUAGCCAAAUCAUUAACACUGGGAUAUGAUCCAUAUUUUGAGAAGGACUUUUUCGAACCGUUUGAAAGACGACAAAGGCCGGUGACUCUUGUCGGAUUUAGGAAAAAUGGAUUUUUACCGCGAAUUCACAUUAAGGGUGCAACGGGGAAUACGGGUGAAAUAGCAGAACUCCAGUCUCCUUUUAAUGAAAUCAGCAGUUUUUGGCAGGAAGAACAUGAAACACUGCGUAAAUAA